CGAAGUGGUUUUAUGUUUUUAAGGUUCCUGGGAUUAGAACUGACUUUAAUCGCAGACCCAGUAUGUCGCGUAUUUGUUGACUUAGAUAUAAUUUUUACUUUGUUCUCUGAGAUCUUUUGCUAACUCGCUUUUUGUUGUUAUCGCAGAUAGACCAGCUCGACCAACUCUUGACUCGACUAGAAAGGAGACAGCUGAAAUUCUCGGGAGUCUUCCGGUACAAGAUCGCGACUGGCGAUUACUGUGCACAACUGCGAAAUUGCGAGAACACCAGCUGAUCCCUGAGAACGCGAGUCUUCAACGGGAGCCAGUAUAUAAAGAACCAUCUGAGAAGCAGCAAGAGCGGAUUGACAAACGUCUUUCUAAGCAAACUCCUCGGCAAAUUUCAGACAUGACUUUUUUGAAGUCUGCCCCCGUCCUGAAAAUCAAGCAAAAGGGUGGAACACCGGCGACUUCGCCGGUCGUCGCCCAAAAGAGGAAGAGCGAUGUGAUGGCUUCGCUUGUCGCAGAUUCUUCCAAGAAGUUGGCCAAGACUACUCAGGAUAAGGGGAAGAAAGUCGUCAUCGACUCUCCAGUUCGUGCUCGCGACUUCCUGGCCAUGCAGGAAAAAUUUCUGACUGAGAUCCCUUACGAGGAUCUCGUUGCUCGAUCUACUGAACUGGCCGCGCAAUCCAUGGCUUUGUUCAUAAAAGCCGCGGCUACUCCUUCUAAGGAAGCCGACUCGCUGAAGAGGCAGAACGCCCAUUUUCAAGAAAAUAUAAAGAAGCUGAAGCAGGAGGUGGCGAGGAUUGAGGAACUUAACAAGGCCAAGGAGAAAGAGCUCGAGGAACUCAGCAGGGCAAAAGAACAGGCGGAGCUCGAGGUGAAGAAGUCGCAGACAACGAUUGCCGAGAUGACUCGCGACUUGGAGGCUGAGAAAGAGAAUGGGAAGAAACAGUACGAUCAGGCUGUGUCUGAUUAUAUUUAUACCACUCUUUCUAAAGUCCCCGACUUUGAAUUCUCGCUUUUUGGAGCUGAAGCUGCUGAGAUGGCUGAAGCCUUUCGUGCCAUGUCGCCUACCCAGACUCAAGGUGGGGGAGGCAACCUUCCAGACGAGGUCGAGGGCGUACAGGCUGAAGAGGUCGAGAAUGAGGUCGUCAGCAAGGUCGUGGACGAGGCUGCUCCUGAUGAGACUACUACUGCUGCUCCAGAUGCUUGAUUAUCUUCCAAUUGUUGUUUAAUUUCACUCUUCUCUUUUUUUUUUAUAUAUGCGGUACAUGGGUACUCGCACUUAUGUACUUGAACAAAUUUAUUUUACCUUUUGAACAAAUUUCUAUCCUCGCGGGGAUAGCUUACAUUUUAAUAUUUACGCAGUACACGGGUACUUGCGAUUUUAUAUAUUUUUAACUUUGAUUA